AUGGACUCCGAUUCUGAACAGUCGCAACCAACAAGUCCAAGCCAGGACCCCGCCGCCGCCGAGACUCACCCGGAAGCCGACGCCGACAACGACGCCGACUCUCUCUUCGAUGGCGAAACACCUGCAUUCCAGUCUCAAACUCAGAGUCCCGCCCAAGUCCAACCUGGGGAUCAAGGCAGUGAUGACCAAGGGCCUGGCACUCAAUCUCAUUCUGAACCUUCGAGUCCCGCGCCUGAGACGCAAACACAUGCUCAACCUGAAGGCCAGCCAGAGACUCAAAAUGAAAGCCAAGAACACACUCAACCAGCUCGUUAUGGUAGUUCAUCUGAUGAAAGUCGACCCCCGACUGGGAAUAUCUCAACCCCAUCUUCAACAGGAGCUCAUCCAAACGGUCAUCCCAACACUAACACCACUGCUAACAACGGUCCUCCGCGCCCACCUCAUACCAAUCUUCAUCCUCGGCCAGCACCAAGUCCUCACCCCAAUGGCAUCUUUGGACUUCUUGGCCCGCCACCCCCCGAUCCAGGCCCAAAGCCCAUGCCUCCAGCACCCGCUGUCCAUGGACCCUUCACUUACGACAAAGACGGCUUCAAGGCCCUGGGCUUCAAGCGGGAGACGCCCUACAACCUCCACAUGAUUAUGCGCGAUCCCAAUGCCGCCCCGCCCAUCGAACCCGUCGCCAAAGCCUGGUUCCACGCCCAACUGAUACACUACGGCAUCCCCGUUCACCAGUCUCCCCUCCGCGCCGAGCCUCUUCCUGGGGACUUGUUCUUCGCUCUAGAGACGGCCCUACGCAGAGAAACCAUCAAAGAAGGCAAGCUCCCGCCUGCUGACAUUUCGACCAUUGAGUACAACCUCAGGAGACAGUUCAAGGACAUCUACAAACAGUACAAAGAGGCAUUCAGGUACUGGGAACAGCAGACCUUUGCACGCUGCGCCACCCCCACCGACGAGAUCAACUGCAGCCUCGACCUCUUCAUGGCCAAGUAUUUCCUCAAGGGCACCAAGGGCCGACCUGAUCCCAGGAAAACACGGUACCCCAUCAUACUGCACAAACUAAACGACUACGACGGCACCCGCAGCGUUGUCAAAGCCGUUCCCGGAUUGCGGUCCCACAUGAUGCCUCUCUGGUCCGUCAUUUGCUGGGAGGAGUACGGCAUCGAGAGGGCCAUCGAGGAGGCCUUUGCCAGCAUUGCAGCCUCCCAUCCGUCCAUAACCAUCCAUGUGCCUACCAUGGAGGCCCAUUUCCACAUCGACUACUUCCUGUCCAAGUACUGGCUUACCGGCUUGUACGGACGCCCCAUGCCCAUGUUGACGCAGGAGCCCGUCGUCAUCGAAGGAUGGUUUGGAGGUCCCGAUAUCCGGAAUAUCCUGACACAGGCCGUCCUUCGCGUCCCGGACCUCCGUGUCUGGGCUUUCAUCGGCAACGGCAUCGACAAGACGGUUAUCGGCUGGGGUGAUAGGCCAUUCCAAGUCAUCGAGCACCUCCGAAUCACAUCCAUGCACCAACAAGUCGCAAGCGCUGCGCCGCAAAGGGUGGAAAUCCAAGGUAACCCUACCUGGGAAUUGGCACUUCAACCUCACUUCCGCUUGUGUCAAGUAAAGGCCGACCUCUUACAGACGAACCCUCAGCAAGCAUAUGAGCCCUUCGAGAUCGAAGAGCUGGUUGGCUCGUGGCUGGUCCAGUGUCCCGCCCUGGAAGAUGGAGGAUGGGGAGGACGCCCUGGCGAAAUGACCAUCGACAUCCUCAACUGGCCUGUCGACAGCUACGGCCUCGUAGCUUCCAUCAACCUCAAAGUCGCUCUAGGCACCAUGAUCCUCGCCAGAUCGGAACGCUUGCUGGACGAACUGUCAGCCUACCUGCUCCACGACCCUGAGGUUCUGCCACAUAUACCCCAUAAGAAGCGAAGACGAGGUGAUGACUUCUUCGUGGAGUAUCCGCGACGGAGAUCCCCCUAUGAGCCCAUGCCUCCCCUGCGCAUCUUCUUCGACUGGAUCGGCCGGCGAACAGGAGAGUUUGACGUUGAACUAGACAUGGAUCCCGCAAACAGGAACAGAGGCUGGGUGGACAUUGACAUGAACAACAAAGUUUUCGGCAAGGGGUGGCUGAAGUACGUCAAGUUCUUUGGGAGGGACAACCCGGUGGCAUUCUCGAUGUACAAAAUGAUGGAUCAACCCAGGAAGAUGCCAGAGCAGUGGAGUAAUUUCAGGCCUAAGCAGAUGGAAGCACAGCUGCAGAGACAGAUGGAAGAACAGCUGCAGAGGCCGAUAGCGGAGCCGAAGGGGAUCAUGGUCACUUCCAAGAUACCGCCACCGGCGUCGGACCACACGCUUCCACCACUACCACCGCCACGAUCAGGGCCACCACCACCGCGCCCAGCGCCUCCACCGACGGACCUCCCUGGGUUUCAAAGAAUACGACCAAGAGAACCUCCUCAGGGGAUACAGAUAGGAGUGCAUACCAUUCCGCCCAAGAAGCGAAGAGGACCGAGAAAGGGGUACAAUAAAGCGCCGGCUGCUGAUGUGGCUCAGCAGCAAGGAGGUAGGGAGCCCCGUGAGGGAGGCGAUGGCCAAGAAGAGAGGGAUACUUCCACCUCGACACCGAUGGAUGGUGAGGGGCAUGAAGAGGAAUAUGGGUCUGAAGAGGACGAGGAGCAGGAGGAAGGGGAGCAGCGAAAUGAUGGGUCACGAGAGGAUGUAGAGGAGGAAGGCGAGGCAGAUGAAGGACAGGCACAGGAGCAGGGACAAGCAGAGGGGCAAAAAGAACAAGUGGAGGGACAAGAAGAGGAGGAGCCAGAGGAGGAGGAUGCACAAGAGGAAGGUGAAGAGCAGGAUGAUGAAGAGGACCUUGAGACAUAUCAAACACCAGCGGAAGAGGCACCAUCAGCACCAGACGCAAAGGAACAGCAAGGCUGCGGCGACGGACAACAAAAACAGCAGGAGGGACAAGAAGUGGAAGGUGAACACGACGAGGAGCAAGAGGAUGACCAAGAGGAGGAGGAGGAGGAGCAGGAGGAGCAGGACGAUCAGGAGGAACAAGGAGAUGAGGAAGGGAAGGACGACCAACCACAGGAAGAGGAAGACGGACAACAAAAGCAACAGGGGUCGUCCGCUCCAUAG